UCGCUCGCUGUCCAUUUCGAGUCGAGCGGCAGGCGCGUCUGAGCGCUAGCUGGCAGAGGUGUGUCGUCGCCGCCGCCGCCGCCGCUGCCGCUGCCGCCACGAUGGGCCACGGAGACUGUGGUGUGAAAGCUGAGGAGGAGGACGAGGUGCCUCUGCCAGCAGCGCUGCAGGAGGAAGCGGCACGCGAGCUCCGCGAGGACGCGUCAGUGCGCGCCCACGGCCUGCAGCAGAUGCGCUCCUGGCUUCGCACUCACCCGGCCAUCCGCAACUGCCGUACUGAUGCUCCCUUCCUGUUGCGCUUCUUGCGCACCAAGAAGUUCAGUGUGCCACUCGCGCAGGACAUGCUCGAGCGCUACCUCACCGUGCGCCAGCUCUAUCCCCACUGGUUCCGCGGGCUCGACGUCGACGACCCCGACCUGUCCGAUGUACUCGACAGUGGGUACUUGAUUCCUCUGCCAGAACGUGAUGAACAUGGCCGACAAGUCCUCCUGUCCUGUGCAGGUCGAUUUGACCCUUACAAGUACUCUUCAGGACACAUGGCUCGCUGUCAUAGCCUGGUGGUUGAGGCACUUAUGGAUGAACCGGAAAAUCAGAUUCGAGGAUAUACCUACCUGAAUGAUGAAUCUGGUCUUCUCAUGGGCCACAUCAGCUUAUGGUCAUUCACAGACAUCAGAAGCAUGCUACGGUGCAUACAGAAUUCAACCCCAAUGAGGCAUAAAGAGAUGCAUUUCCUUCAUGUUCCACAUUAUGCCAACAAAGUUUUUGAGUUCUUCACUGCACUUAUGAAUGAGAAGUUAAGGUCCCGUGUUGUGUUUCACCCAAGUAUCGAUGACCUGAAAGAAACUGUGAACCCAAAAAUACUACCAAAAGAAUAUGGAGGUUUCAUUCCAAUGGCUGACAUGAUAGCGAACUUCAAAAAUGUUCUCAGAAGGAAGAGAGAUGUUCUUAAAUCACUAGAUGAUAUGGAGAUAGACCUGAAUUAUAAAACGUCAUACAUUACUGAUUUAGAAGAUGAACUAAGUGGUGUUGCAGGAAGCUUCCGAAAACUUGAGGUGGACUAGAAUUACUGCUAUAUUGUGUAAUAUAUUUUACAUCAAAAUUAAAUCAGUUUUAUAUAAAUGUGACUGUUGUAUGGCAUUUCUAAAUGUCUUAUCAAUUUUACAUGAUAAGAGCAGGAUAUAGUAGUCAUUUUUGGUGGUUUCUUUUCGAUGUUGAAUCUUGCAGUAUUAGAAAUAUUUGUGAAUCGUAGUGACCUUGGGAAAUUGUUCUCCCAGUCUGAUCUCUUCUGUGUUUUGAUAUGUUUUGUAUAUUUCUUAGAACAUGGUUGAACUUUUAUAGUCCUAUGACAUUUCACAGUUUAACAUAUUUAUCAGUUCACUGACAAGUACUUUAACAAUUGUGAGUUACUGUAUCUGUAGAUCAUUAAAUGAAAUAGCUCCAAUGUCAUUUUGAGAAACAGUUUUUAUUUGUUUUGAACUUGCUAUUACUAUACCAAAACAUCAGAGAGGAUGCAAUUUCUUUGCUGAAUGCUUUAAAAAUAACAGAUCAUAAUUAUUUUACCAAGAAAUAACAGCAGUUCCAAUAACAGUAAUAAGCACAAAGUCCAGAGAAAGGUAUAUAAAAUAAAGAUAGAUUAAUUCAUUAUUUACAACUCCUGCUUUGCUGUAGCAUUACCCGAUUUGAAAUAAAUAGAUACAUGCAUUGUAUAGCAGGUGCUUCAUACUUGAAUCUUAUUCUAAGAAAUACCUGAUGUGGAAUGAACACAGGUUAUGUAUUUAUUUAUGUGUUUAAAGACACUUGAGAUUUCUGCUUAGUGUUGUUCUGUUUAUAUGAUAAAGUAACUGAGUUGAGUUGUGUGAAUUAUGUCUGACUGUAUGUAAUUAUAAUUUAUUCAUCAUUAUCAGUAAAUGAAAUUUCUAUUGUUUUAUAGUGUAUUUUGUUUGUUAUAAUGUUCAUCGAAACUUUUGUAUAUACAUUUCAAUCUUCUCAUGCAUAGUUGACUGUGUAAAAGAUGUGACUUAUGUACAAUUUAUAUAAAUAUAAAAUACUUUUGAUAAGUACUAUUUGCCUGGUGGUAAAAAGUUACCAAGAAUGUAGUAAAGUGAGUAUCUUAAAUGUGCUCUGUAGAUAUAACAACUGUGUUUAAGAAAUUAAUAGAAUAUAUUUGUUAAUGCCAUCAUAAAUGAUUGCAUUUAUUCAGGGAGGUGUUUGUUAAUCUAUACCUAUAAGCAUUGAACGUGAAAAGCAAAAUAAAUUCUGAUAUAUUUGCAAGAAAA